AAGAACGAUUACAAACCUCUGUACGCUACCGAAACCCUAAACUAUCUUGUAUUUCUACAAUGAACUCCAUGUUUUGCUGCAGAGUGUUUGUUAUGAACCCAUUCCAUUUUCGCAAUGUGUUCUCAACCCUUGCCAUUACCAAUGCUCAUUCACAGAGCCUCUUUUCUCAGUUUGUCUCCUCCAAAUUCAACAUGUUCACGGCCGACAUCACUCGGAUCUUCAAAAUCAACCCGAGUCUGCAGAGGCUUCAAACCCUUGAGAAAGUGGAGCAGUUUGUUCAUAUGUUGGAUGAAAGGGGCUUCAGUCAAGUCCAAAUUGCCAAUAUAAUGAGGAAACACCCCAACAUUAUCUGCUUAAGCGCAGAAAGAAAUUUGGAGCCCAAGAUCAAACUACUGGAAGGUUUCGGAUUUGAGGGUCAAACUCUGACGAAGCUUUUGACGAGGAAUAGCAACAUGUUGGGCGUCGCCCUCGAGAACGGACUUCUUCCCACGAUGGAGUUUCUGCAAAAUGUAUUUCAGUCCCAAGAUGUUCUCGUUAAAGCCCUGUUAAGAGGAUCGUACCUUCUCAGUUCCAACUUGGAGAAGACACUGAAGCCCUCGGUUGCUUUAUGGGAGGGAUGGGGUUUUCGUGGGACGGGGCCCGCCAGAUUCGUAAUGAUCAAUCCGCGCGUUCUGCUACUCACUUCUCUCACGCCUGCACACAUUGAUCUCAUUCACAAGAUGGGCGGUGAUAAAGAAAGCAAAAUGUUUAAAUUUAUUUUAAGUAGAGUGGUUUCCAGCCGCGUUGAAACUUUAGAGGCCAAGAUAGAAAAUCUCAAACUCUGCGGGCUCUCGGCCGAGGAAACUUGGCAAGUAUUUCGGGCUAACCCUGGACUCCUUGGUUACUCUAAGGAAUAUAUGGGUGAAAAGAUUAAGUUUAGAGUUAAUACUAUGGAGCUCCCUGCAAAUUAUGUAGUCAAGCGCCCAACCUUGUGCGCAAUCAGCUUGGAAAAGACUAUGAGGCCCAGGUUUCUAGUUUGGCAGAAAAUCAAAGACAUGAAUGAUCUCGGCCUUUCUCUUUUGACUGUAUUGACAAUGACAGAAGCAAGAUUUGUUAGAAAGAUUAUAAAAGGGCAUCCUGAAUCUGAAACACUGUUGUCAAUUUAUCAAAAUGCCAUCUCUAGUUCCCCCAACUGCACAAAGAUAUCAACCAAAAUAAGUUAUUUUACCGAAAAACCACAACAAAUCUAAUCUUUGGCAAAAGGCAGGCAUCUCUUCCUACCCAGGCGUUGGCUUUGACUAUUUUAAAUCCUUGGAGACACCAUAUUCAACAACAGGAGCAAUGUCGUUAUUCUCUCUGCCAUUUAUUUUGUGUCUAGUUGUUCGUCCAGCAAGGUAUGCAUAGCAAUUGUCAAAAAAACUGAAUUACAGUCUUUCAGUUUGAUGCAAUUUAUGAAUUUAGAAGUUUUUCACUA